AUGCUUGGACUACCACCACUCGUGAUUGAGGAAUGCAUUCGAAAUGAUGUAUCGUCAACUUUUUUGCGUAACCAACUGGUUAAUUGGUUACAUGAGAGUGACAGCGCAGUGGUGCAUGGAAUUCCCUUGUCCCUUAUAGUUGCAUUGCAGGAAACCAACCCUUCAGACAAGGUGGAAAUUCCAUAUGUCUACCGAAAUAGUCGCGCAAGAACGUUGCAGUCAGAAAAUAACACGCCAUCUUUUAGUGACACGUCCGAUGCAGCCAAGCACGAUGGUACCUUUUCAGUUUUCACUCCAUCCUCUUCACAAUACUUCAAAUCCCUGCAGAGUUCUGUUGGUCAGAGUUUUGCUUCAAUCCUUAAUGACCCUGAGGAGUUCGCGGAGUCCGUAGAUUGGGGUGCGUGGCUCGGCAGCAAGCUUUAUGAAGCUUUCGACUACAACGGGCACUCAAACAAUAACUUGGAGGGAGUGUGCAAGUCCUUAUACCACCAGCAGCCGUCUCAAAAAUCUUCUUCUCCCUUACUCAUCGAACAUAUUUCGAGGACGGAUUACAACGACUAUGUUAACCUCGUCUCCGCGGCAUAUCACGCCAACCGAAGUGAAGGGCGGAAGACGAUUGAGACACUAUCUUUUUUGCAGGGUGCUGCACAACGAGCGGAGGACUUGCCGUGGCCUGAAAUGGUCCCUGAAGAUUUCUUUAGCACUAGCUACGACCCACAGACGGCGUUAAGACGCCUUUUCAGCGCUCCCUCUGAUAGUUCCGCCGACCCUGAUACAUGUACCAAGGUUGACGCUGAAGGUGAACUCACCGAUGGUCAUAAAAUAAUUUGCACGGAAACAUUUACAAAAGAUUUCGAGGCGCUGGAGCAGUUCAGCAAGGAGUUACGAAUGUGGGAGUCAUUGGUGGAAAACUGCUUACUUCAGCACGUUCGAAGCCAUUCCGAGAACUUCUUUAAAGAAUCUCGUGAGUUUAGCAUACUAAGCGACAAAUCCAGACAUGCCAUAACGGAAUUGAGUAAUGCACGUGAUGUCGGAACAGUGCGUAUAACUCAGGCAAUCCACCAGUAUUUGUGCAUCGGCAGAUUGUAUCGACGGAAGACUAACAUUGAGUCACUCAACUCGCUCCUGUCUUGUACACAAAGGGUGCUGCAGCUACUACAAGAGAUUGAAAACUGGACUGCGUUACCGGAGCGCGAGAUAGCCGAACUUCCAGCAUAUGUGCAUCGUUUACUUGAUUUAGAAGGUUCUUUUCGCGAUACUAUUGCCACUUUCGCAACCACAAGCGCGUCUGAAGCACACAGCGAGAGCCUGGCAGUGAGUGUGAAGGGUGAUGUGAACGCUAGCCACACAUCUUUCCCGUCCAAAUCAACGUCACUAGCCCCGGGGUUGAACUCCUUGGAGUCGGUGCCACGGCUUAACUUUAUGGCCCCAUUACCGUCGCGCAUUGCCGCGGCGCGUAGGAAUCUUGAGCAGUUGCUAUGCACUCAGGUAUCGCUUGGCUUGCAAAGCUGUGGCACUGAAUCUCCCUCGAUGUCAGGCGCCGAGUUCAGUCUAGUUGUUAAUGCUGCUGCACUCAUGGACGUCCUUUCACUUCCUUUGCGAACCCAUCGGGAGUCGAAACUACGGGCGCAGUGGGCAGUAGUUCGAGAGACUGUAAUCAACUUUUUAAUGAAUCGGGAGGGGUGUCUUAGCAACGUCAAAGCAGAUAGGCUGCUCUCCCUUGCGAUAUCUCCGGAGCCAACGAUAGAAGAAAGGAAGUCAUUGCUGGUAUACUGUAGUGAGUGUCGUUUCGACCUUUUUAUUCAGCUCCUUGAGGGCCUGAUUGAGGUUCUUGUCGAGAGUGUUACUCAAAGUGCACAGUGUUGGGGAUAUUUUAUUUUAGAGUGCGCACUUGAUGCGCUUGCUAUGUAUGAGAACAAACACGAGCUGCUAGCGCGAUGGACGUUUGAUCUAUUUUCUGCUCUAUGUGAGGACGCCGAGUCCAUUAUUGCCAUCUGCUUGGAGUUACGAUGCAACAGCAAAAUCCUCACCAAUAUCGCAGAGGUGGAAAGGCUUGUGCGCGUUGGUAAUGCAUUUGUCGGCCGCAUGCUGUACCCGUUAGGUGUGCUGUCGUCGUUGCACUCCGAAAUGCUAAACAAACUGGUGGACAGAAUUAGGUUAGGUAAACAAAUCGGCGUUGACAUUCUCAAUUUGGCUAAGCAUUCGCUAAAGGCGCAGCACGCUCAGCAAAUGGAGAAACUGAAGCUGGUCCUCGAGGCCGAAACAUGGGCCUCCAAAGACGGUAUUGAUGCGUUUUUUCAGGCCCAAUUGGUGCACCUGUGCUCGAGUGACGACCGAGCCGUCGAUGAAUUUGUCUCCCAGUCGAUCGAGCCGGCUAAGAAUGGUUACACUGCGGCUGAGUGGGAUGCGUUUACGACAGCAGCGCCACUAGAUACUAUUCAAACUUCAUGCCUGACCACCUCCACUGCCCCUGCAAGAAAGACUACCAAGGAUGACGAGGAGGCUGCGUUUAGCAGUAGGCCUAACAGGCUAUAUCUUUCACUUAAUGAAGAAGAUAACGGUCGCGUGGCGAGCAACUCACUCCUCAUUUUAUUGGAGCUUCUCGCAAAUUAUGAUAGCUACCUGGCUCGUUUUCCUUCAUUAGGAAUGGAUGUUGCCUCUAAAAUGUACGAGCUUUUGGUUUUGUACGAAAACUUAUGUGCGAGCAUGGUGCUUGGCGCUCAGGCGAUGAAAAGUGGCGUUUUGACGAACAUCACAACCCUUCAUUUGUGUGUUGCCUCCCAAUGUGUGGCUUUCCUUGUUGACUUUACUCCGCGACUUCAGCAACGGUUGGUGCGCCUCUUGGGUGCGGCAAGUGGUCUGACUACCACUGCUAAGGAGCAAGGAGAUUCCGAUAGGACGCAGAUGAGUGCUGUGGUGUUGCCCCGUGGCUCGAGGACCGCCAACAAGUUCUUGUCCUUUGUCGCCAAUAAUUUUAUACGUGUUGUAAAUGAUUGUCAGGCUCAUCGUAACAGUUUUUUCAAUAAGAUUAACUCGAUAGUACUUGACAAGAUAGAUCGCAUAGGGAUAAUGGGAAAUGAAACAAAAGAGUACAGCACGCGAGGCAAUGAGUGGAUUAUGACUAUGCUUCGUGAAGUAGCACGGCUAAUCCGCAGUCUGCGUCCCCUGCUUCCUCCAAGCGAUCUGCAAGGAAUUGUGGUCCCACUUCUGGGUUCCUUAGCCAUUAAAAUACGUGAGGUCACAAAGCCGAUUCCCGCUUCAGACAUAGAUACUCUAAACAUCGCGAGGUCAGAUAUUUUGCUCUUCAAAGCGAACGUGGAGCGCUUUGGUUAUGAUGUCUUGCGCAGUGUAGAAGCGCAAUCAGUAAAUGUCGCAAUGCAGUCCACCGAUUUGGGGCCAUGCAGUUCAGAUGAAGAUGUGCUCGCAUGGUUUCUUUCAGGAACUGCCAAUGAGGACAACCGGGCCCAGUCAUCUUUUAUACCAAGUUGA